GUUACGAUCUCCUAGAGGAAAGCAUGGUGCAGACGGGCCGUGCGGUUCUUUCACAGCACGGCCUUGCAGAGGCCCCCGUGGACUUUCAGGUUGGUGAUGCCGCAAACUGCCCGCUAGUCUCGAGGUUCCACGCAGCUACCUCUCCAAGCAUACUUUGGCUGAACGACGAGGAGUGGCCCAGAGAGCUACGUGAUCAUGUGAAGGCCCGAGCCGGCCGAGAGCUGUCGCUGGGCUCCGUGGUGGUCAGCUACGGGCCCCACCAGGGGCCCUCCGUUCCGGGCCUGGAGUUGGCUGGCUCCCUCCGUGCUGCCACCUCUUGGUGUCGAGCCGAGGAGUUUCAUGUCUGGAAGCGCGUCUGA